AUGAAUAAACGACCGGCCUCUGAAGUGCCUGUUGCCUCGCCACUUAAGAAAAUCCGAGCCGAGUCUCCAGGUGCCCAGCCACAAGACUUUCAGACCGAAAUCUUCCCUGCUGUUGAGUUUCUUUCCGACGAGGAAGACGAACAGGGUGUAUCUGCUCCAGUCCCCUCUUUCCUGAAUCAUGGUGGUAAUCGAUCUCGUUCCAACUCUGGCUCGACACCCGCCAAUGUGAUUCGUUUGGGAGCCCUCAAACGACGAUUGGAGGAUGGUGGAAAGUCUAGCUCUAGUCGACGAAAAAAUGAUGGACUGGGUUACUUGUUUCGCAAUCACGAUUUCUCCUGGGCUCAACUCAAACCUGAUCAUGCCUCUCGCCCGCUUUGGAUCAGCCCAGAAGACAAUCACAUUAUUUUGGAAGGCUUUUCUCCAAUUGCAGAACAGGCCCAAGACUUUCUAGUUGCUAUAAGUGAACCCAUUAGUAGACCUGCGUUUAUCCACGAGUACAAGAUUACUAUGUAUUCACUCUAUGCCGCGGUGUCGGUCGGUCUCGAGACCAAUGAUAUUAUCGAAGUCUUAAAUAGGCUUUCCAAAGCAAACACUGUGGUCAGGUUCAUAAAGGAUUGUACCAAGCACUACGGGAAGGUCAAACUAGUUCUCAAGCACAACAAGUACUACGUUGAAUCUACCCAUGCGGAUAUUCUUCAAAAUCUGUUGAAGGACAACGCGAUCCGACAUGCCCGAGUAAUUGCUCCUCCUCCGACUGCUGAGACCAACAAUCUAAGCAAUGCAAAGGCCAUUGUUGCAAAACCUACGGUGGUCCCCACACCCGCCAAGCAAGUAGAGGCCUCUGUCAAUGAUGCCACGAGUGGUCAAGCGGGACCCAGUCGAGCAGAUGAUGCUGACCUGUUCACUGCUGUCGUUGGGGUGGAUAAAGAGGAUGAAGUAGACGAGGAUGAAAGUGUACAUUCAUUCCAGAUCGAGGACUCUCAAGUGGAUGAAGUCAAAAAACGUUGCACACAACUCGAUUACCCCGUGCUUGAGGAAUACGACUUUCGCAACGAUCGCAUCAAUGCCAACCUUGAUAUUGACCUAAAGCCUAUGACCAGUAUUCGACCAUACCAAGAAAAGAGUUUGAGCAAGAUGUUUGGUAACGGGCGAGCUCGUUCUGGUAUCAUCGUGUUGCCUUGUGGGGCUGGCAAAACUCUUGUCGGAAUUACUGCCGCCUGCACAAUCAAGAAGAGCACGCUGGUCCUGGCUACCUCUGGUGUGUCUGUAAUGCAGUGGAAGCGCGAAUUCAUGCAGUGGUCCAAUAUUACCGACAAACAGAUCUGUGUAUUCACUGCGGACCAAAAAGAAAAGUUCGCCGGUGAAAGUGGUAUUGUCGUAUCCACAUAUUCUAUGAUCGCCAACACCACGAACCGUUCACACGAGUCCAAGAAAAUGAUGGACUUCCUGACGUCCCGCGAGUGGGGCUUCAUUCUCCUUGACGAAGUCCACGUCGUACCCGCCAAUAUGUUCCGAAAAGUUAUUACUACUAUCAAGGCACACUCGAAACUCGGUCUCACCGCUACGCUUGUGCGAGAAGACGACAAAAUCUCGGAUUUGAACUACAUGAUAGGCCCAAAGUUGUACGAAGCUAAUUGGAUGGACUUGUCGGCCAAGGGUCACAUUGCCAACGUCCAGUGUGCCGAAGUUUGGUGCCCUAUGACGCCCGAAUUUUACCACGAAUAUUUACGAGAAAAGUCACGCAAGCGAAUGUGCUGGCGUGGGGACAAGAUCAUUGUAUUCUCGGACAAUGUCUACGCCUUGGAAGCUUACGCCAAAAAACUUAACAAGCCAUUCAUUUGCGGCUCAACAAGUCAACAAGAACUCCAAAACGACGUGUCUCAUCCAAAUCUCCUCCCACUUUGGUUCCCGCCGCAAGAAGCACAACGACUUGGACGUAUCCUGCGCGCCAAGCGCAGAAACGACGAGGGCUUCAACGCGUUCUUUUACUCGCUCGUAUCCAAGGACACGCAGGAAAUGUAUUACUCGACCAAACGGCAGCAGUUCUUGGUCGAUCAAGGGUAUGCGUUCAAAGUCAUUACCCAUUUGGCGGGGAUGGACGAAGAUCCAGAAUUGGUAUACAAAUCCAGGGCCGAACAGCUCGAGUUGAUGAGCGCUGUGUUGCUCGAGUCCGAAGACAAGGCCGAUUUGGGUGACAAGAUGGCCAAGGGGGAUCUAGACUCUGUCAUGAGGCGAGGCGUAGGGGGUGGGCGAGGUGGGAGAUUUGGUGGCGGAGGAGGCGCUGGGCCAUCGGUUGUUCGCCAAUCUGGGUCGCUUGGCGCGCUUAGUGGUGCGCAACAGAUGGCGUAUAUGGAGCGUAGCCGUGGUGCGAACAAGCAGUUGGCAAGGGAAGACAAGCAAAAAGGUCACUCGAGUAAAUUGUUUGAGCAAAGGCACAAGGAGAUGGAAAAGAGGCGCAAGGAGGCGGCCAAGAACGGGCCAAAGUAG